UGAAAAGCUCAGUCUACCGGAAACAGGAAGGCGAAUAGCAGUAGCUGUUCUAAAGCUAAAACGCUAACUUCUCCGAGAGCAAUUUUCUUAGCUUUUACUACCCGCUGUUUCAUUUUUAUUAUCAAGAGGGGUCUACUUUAUCUUAAUUCCCUAAAGAUAAUGGCUGCGGACUGGUUAGGUAGUUUAGUGUCCAUUAAUUGUGGCCCAACGCUUGGGGUGUAUCAAGGAGAAGUAUCAUCAGUGGACCAGUCAAGCCAAACCAUCUCUCUAAGGCAGCCUUUUCACAACGGAGUCAAAUGUCCAGUUCCCGAGGUCACAUUCAGUGCCAUUGAUAUAAGGGAGCUAAAGAUUUUAGACAUCAGAAGUGGUAAUGCAAGGAGAACCUCUACUACAGCUACAAACGUGCACAGUGUUCCGGUGGCAGUCCCAAAGGGUGACCCCAGAGCUGUUGAGAAAUUAAACUCUCCCCAGCAAUGCUCUAAAAGUUACGGAGAGCGUCAUCUAGAUGCUCUGGGCCAACCCAAAGGGUUUCGUCGAAGACAUAACUCAUGGUCAUCUAGUAGUCGAGGACCAAACCAAGCAACACCUAAAAAGAAUGGAGUGAAGAACGGUCAGAUGAAGCACAGAGACGAUGAGUGUUUUGGGGACGGCAUGGAGGAUGACCUGGACACGGAUUUUGACUUCGAAGGGAAUCUUGCCCUUUUUGACAAAGCAGCAGUUUUCUCAGAGAUUGACACAUCAGAGCGGCGUAACGGGGCACGGUCACGGGGCACUCCUCAAGACCAGACACCCUCACGGUACCGCCAUGAUGAGAACAUAUUGGAGGGCAAACCAGUCGUUUACAGACAGAUUAUUGUACCUCAGCCUGGGGCCAAAGAGUACUGUACUGAUUCUGGACUUGUUGUACCAAGUAUUUCCUAUGAACUCCACAAGCGGCUGUUGUCUGCUGCUGAGCGUCACGGCCUCUCACUGGAGCGAAGACUUGAGAUGACUGGAGUGUGUGCCAGUCAGAUGGCACUUACACUGUUAGGAGGGCCCAACAGAUUCACACCAAAAAAUUUACAUCAGCAUCCCACUGUGGCGCUGAUGUGUGGACCUCAUGUUCAAGGCGCUCAGGGUAUCAGCUGUGGUCGUCACCUGGCCAAUCAUGAAGUAGAGGUUAUCUUGUUCCUGCCAAACUUUGUCAAGAUGCUUGAUUCUGUGACAAACGAGCUCACACUUUUCAACAAAACUGGAGGCAAACAGGUGUCCAGUAUCAAAGAUCUCCCAGACACACCAGUUGAUCUGAUCAUAAACUGUCUGGCCUGCCACGAGAACACAUUCCUGAUGGACCAGCCUUGGUACCGGGCAGCUGCAGACUGGGCCAUCCAGAACAAAGCACCAGUGCUCAGCUUGGAUCCUCCUGUAAGUGGACAGGGACAUGCAGUAGAGGCGAAGUGGUCCCUCUCGCUUUGCCUCCCCCUUCCUUUAGCUGAAGGGGCUGGCAGGGUGUACCUGUGUGACAUCGGUAUUCCUCGCCAUGUGUUUCAGGAAGUUGGAAUCAAAUACCUUUCUCCUUUUGGCUGCAAAUUUGUCAUCCCGUUACACUCGGCCUAAAAUGAUCGAGUAUAAUUUUCACCAUCCAUGACCAUUUUGGUUUUGGAGCCUUAUAUUCCAAAAGUCUCAGUUCAGUUUCUGAUGUAUCACAUUAACUGGACUUUGCUUCCCUCAUACUGGUGGACCACUGUUGUUUACUUCAUACAGACAUAAGACUACGUGAACGAAGGAGGAAUAUAUUUUGAGUCUUUAUUUCAAACCCAUGACCUGACCACUGGAGGAGAUUGAUGUUGUGGUUAAGUCAGGGGGUGAUAAACAGUGUGACUAAGUUGUUAAAUACGCUGUGAUAUAAGGUCCUCUUCUAAAUCGAAAAGGACAAUCUCUGAAGUGAAUUUCAUAGUUCUGAAGCCAUAUAACACGUACUUCCUCUUUUUUUUUUUGUUCAUGAGGCAGAAAACGUGUUGCUAGAUGUAACUUCAGUUAUGUUGUUCUGAACAGACAUUUCCAUCUACACUUGUAUUUAUCAACAACAAAUGAGAUAAAUGCAAAUAUUUGAGUUAUUGUGCCAGCAAAGGAGUUCCUCUAAUGUAAAAAGUCCCUUUUAUCCAGCAUGCAUGUAAUGCAGAAAUUAUAUAGAUCAGUCAUCACCAAAAUUUGAGUUAAAAUAAAACAACAUCCUUAUUGUGAUGCUUGCCAAAUGGUGCAGCUGCUGGAUAAACUUGCAGAAAUCUGCAGAGCUGUGAUUAAAGCAGUCUUAUUUUGCUGUUUGAGCAUCUGAGGGGAAAGUUUUUCUUAAGGACAGUAUCAGUGUGUUCAUAGCAAAAUACCUGUUAGAAUGAUCCAUUUAACACCUAUUAAAUGUAUUUUCUUGCAGUUUUGAUGUAAAUGUUCUUUGUCUUUUUGGACGACAUAAAACAUUUUGCACCCUAAAACACAGAAAUCUGCAGUAAAAACCAAGCCUUUCUUGUGGUUUUGUGAUGCGGUUGAAGCGUGAACCGUCCUUAUAACUGCAUACGAAGCUACACCAACAGGAUAUGUUGCAAACUGAAUGUUUACUUUUUGCACAACUUUAGCGUGCAUCUUUUGUUUUAUGUUGCUAAGAAGUUAAUGGCUGUCCGCGGAUCAAAUGCUUCCAACUGUGGUUUGAUAUUAGACAUAAGGGAUAGAAAUGACAGGUUUGAUCUUUGAAGUAUUAAAGGUAAUGCUUCCCAUUUUCUCAUAAUAAAAGCUGCAACAGAUGAUCCAUUUAAUUUGACAUUUUUGUCUUUUGAACGGACACACAAUGUGUGUGUGGACCUACACACACAUUUAGAUGUCCUGCGCAAAGUAGCCUUUAAGAACCAAAAAGGUUGGAUCAUAAAGACUUCAUGGCAAUCUGAAAACACUUUUUAAAUUCAGAGUGUUAACUUGGCAUUUACAAACUGAAAAAGGAUUUAGGAAGGGUUGCUUCUACCUUGCUGCAUUAUGGUUUGACAGAUGUAACAUUUUUUCAUCUUUUUUUUAAAUACAAACAUUUUCAUUAUUUCUACACAAAAGUUGAAAUCAGUCUAGAAAUAAAGUUUCUACUAAAUUUAGGACAUGAAUUAAUUGGGAUUGUGCUCGUAGUUUAGCCAAGUUUGAUGUUAUGUUCCGGAUGAGGCAGACGGCUUUGUUGUGGUUGCAAAUCCUGGUUCAACAGCCCUAAGGAUUAUAUAUUUUUCUCACGGUUACUGUCACCCACCGUGUGCUAUUCCCAACAUUCCUUUAGCCUGAUGUGUAAUGUCACAUCUGUUGAGACAGGUCUGGCCUCAACGCUUGUGAAUGUGAAUUAAAAGGCUGUUUUAUCUUCGACCACCAGGGGGCGAAAAAGUAUUUUGGUGCAUCAUUAUUCUGCUACAAUGGCAGCUGUGUUAUUUGAUUCCAGAUAAUUGUGCUUUUUUAAGUUAAAAAAAAUUAACAAAUGUUUAAAAAAAGACAGAAAUUAACAGUGGAGUUGUUUGCGCAGGACAGUUUCUUCCAAAGGGCAAAGUUCACUGCCAUCAGGCACAAGGGCACAACAUAUUGUCGUGCGUCAUGUCUGCAGAUGAAACAAAUAAAAACACACUGGAAGGUU